CAAACAAACAAACAAAAAAAAAAACAAAAAAAAAAAACGUUUGUUUGAAAGAGUUUUUAAAUAGCGCCCUCUGUGAUGAAGUUGUUCAGUGUCGAUCUCAACUACUGAAGAUCCAAACCUGGAAAUAAACAAAAACGUAAUGUCAAGCAGCAGUACCGAAAGUGUGAAUUGGAUGCAACGGCCAGGCAACUGACUCGUCCACUGAAUCGUUCACUGAAAUGAAUCAGAUUCAGAACGCUUCGUGACUCACCGCCCGCUUCCCGAAAACAGGAACAGAAGUGCAGCCCUGUACUGGAACAAACCUCAGCAAAAGACCCGAUUGCCGCUCGAAUGAUGUUUAUUUAACACAAUCAAUACGAACAAAACACAGAUCAAGUGGAAAGUGAGAAUGUUAAUGUGCGAAUAACCGUUACUCGCGGACGCUUAUGAUUCAGUCUCGUUUAGUUUUUGUUUGAAGCCCGUUUGAAUAAGAAGUUUGUUCUAGAAGAGAUCCAACAACACAAAACUCAAAUAAUCUGCUUUAAUUCAUUGUGUAUGGCGACCCCCUAGAUCUUCAUCUUGCGGCCCCUGCUGUAUGUGACUGUGAUCCUCAUGUUCCCUCAGGUGUGAUGUAGAGACCCGUGACGAAGAUGACGAUGAUGAUGGAGUCGGACCGGGUCUCGUCAGCGGUGUCUGCUGGGCUCCAGAUCAAGCUAAUGAUGCUGACGCUGAUGCUGUGCUUCAGUAUGCUGUGUGGCUUCGGCCCGCUGUGUGUGAUGAGACGAGCCGCGCGCUGCAGCUCUGAGACAGGUGUUCGACACAGACUUCUGAGUCUGGCCUCGUGUCUGUCCUGCGGCGUGUUUCUGUCCUCCUGUCUGCUGGAGCUGCUGCCCGACUAUCUGAACGACGCCAGACAGACCUUCAGCCGGCUCGGCCUCGCUCUUCAUUUCCCGCUGGCCGAGUUCAUUCUGGCCAUGGGCUUCCUGGUGGUGUUUGUGGUGGAGCAGAUGCUGCUGGCGCUCAGAGAGCAGACGGGCGACGUCUCUUACGAGAAGCAGGCGCUGAUGGACUCUCACAUCCAGUGUCACGAUAAAGACGCUCUCAGUCCUUCCCAGCAGCGCUGGAGGCGUCUCUCCUGGACGGACGGAUCCGGCUGUGCGGAGGACGGGAAGUGUCACGUGGGUCUGCGUGUGUUCCUGCUGUCGUUCUGUGUGUGUGUGCGGGCUCUGCUGGAGGGUCUGAGCGUCGGAUCGCAGCAGGAUCUAGAGCGACUCCUGCAGACGUGUGGAGCGCUGCUUCUCCAAAACGGAAUCGUGGCGUUCAGUCUCGCCGUGCGGCUGAGCCAGUACGGUCUGCGCCGGGGCGUGGCGUCCGGCUGUCUGCUGCUUUUCUCCAUCACGUGUCCGGCUGGGAUCGGGAUGGGCCUGGCGCUGGCCGGGAUGAAUCCGAGCACUCAGGUUCAGCUGGUCCGCUGCGCCGUCGAGGGUCUGACGUCCGGGAUCUUCAUCAACGUCUCCGUCGGUGGAUUGCUGUGGCAGGAAUCGUGCUCCCCGAAGCAUCGCGUCCAUAAAGUCGCUUUCCUGCUGACUGGAUUUGCUCUGGUCACUGCCGUUCAGUUCAGUAAAGUCUAAACACACAACAUUUCAAUAAUAAUCAGAAAGAUAUUUUUUACAUUUUCUGUUGUUUGCUUUAGUUUGAGUGCUGCAGUAUUAUGGCCAGACUACAGUUAUAAUCAUAAUUGCCUUUAUUCUGUAAUUAUGUGCAACUUUAGACACAAACACACACGCCUGUAUUAUCAGAUGAAUGUCAGUAUGAUUUAUUUCCCUGCAAACAUCUGAUCACGUGUGUGUCAGGACAGAUGUGAUCAAACACUGGUGUAAAAUCAAUAAAUGCCAGAUGAUGUUACACACUGCGAUUGACAGACACAA